AUGCUGGCGACGCAUGAGAUGCUGAAGAAGCUGAUCCAGGAGGAGGGCCGAGAGGACAUCAGCGGUUCUUUGGCCUUUCACACCUCGGGCGUGCCCUGUCUGUCCUGUGUUGGCAUCGCAGCGCAGUUCAAGCGCUGCUAUCCCAGAGUCAACUUCUGCUUCACCUUCCAGAACCGCCCGCUGUCGGAAACAGACGACGGCAUGGCAGAUUCAGUUGGCAUGGGGGCGCCGAACCCGCAGAGCAUGGCGCCAAAGACGCCACGACUUGGGACGCGGAACGUGGCCCCGGCCGCUGGAGGCGCCGUGGCCAGCGGGCCACGAAUCAAUGGCGGCCAUGGCGCUUCCGAGAGCCGGGAUCUGCCUCAAAGUGCGGUGAUGUCUGGGAUGGGCGGAGGCGCAGGCGGAUGUGGCAGCUGGGCCGACUACAGGCCUUUCUCGACGCGAUCAUGA